AUGUCAGCCACAGUCGCUUCUACAACCGCCGAGGAAUCGUCCACUGUUUCGGUAUCGGAAACAUCCAUCGAGACUGGCACUACUAUCACAACUGCGCCAGACACUACUUUAACAUCUGAAGUAGUAACAACAACCCUGGCCGAGCUCACCACCACAACAUCUGAGGCCGAGACAACAACAAACGCUGCGGAAUCUACCACUACGACCGCUGAGGCUGAGAGCACGACCACCACCGCUGCAGCCACCCCAACAUUCACCAUAGUCGGCGGCGGUGGCGCUAUACAAGGCGCUCCCCUUAAAGGGACCGGCCAAGAUGGCAGUAUUCUGUUAUUCAACCCCCAAGUCGGCAACAGCCGCACCAGAACGAUCAUACUCGACCCCAACACAGGCCGACUGCGAGAUAAAGAUACUGGAAUUCUCUUGUGUGCUUAUUACGGCUCUGCCAACUCUCCCGACGACCCUGCCAACAUUGCCUUUUGCCAGAAUGGCAACACCGGAAUCAACACAGCCUACGAGUAUAUGACCUGCCGAAUCUUCGGCGGCAAGCUCUCUUGUACAGCCCCGAAAGGCCAGUGCCCCACUGACGAUGACGGCAACUUUCUUGGCUGCACCACUGAAAGUUUCAGCGGCGAGAAUAAUCAGUUUUACUACAAGGCCCAGCCAGGCGCUGGUGAUUACUUAUUCAUCUCUAGCGGUAGUCUUGUUGGCUACACAGCUGUUGACAUUAUUGCGCAAGAAGCAUGA